AGCUUUAGGGCUUGAUGUGCACAAUUCCGCCUUCCUCGUGAGCCGGUGGCCAUCGACGAGAGCGGGCCACGCAAAACUGGAGAGGGAGGGAGACAGAGGAAUCGUCCCGACGACACAAGACCAAUAACGAGGUGGACAACAGAACAACUGUUGUCGCCGUGGCCGUGGCUGAGGGUGGAGGUCGAGGUGGUCGACCGACCGAGCACCAGGAGGGGGCAGGACGAGCCUCGCGGAGGCGAAGGUUAAAGUGGACAACCAUCUUGGCACGCAGAGGAUGCAGGUCGUGUAGCGGAGAAGAAACGGAAGCAGGAGGAGCCGAGCUCCGAGGGAAGUUCGUGACUGUUGCGAACAGGGAUUCGGAAUUGUGAUUGCGGUGGUGGUCGGGCAGGCGGCAUGAGAGGAGGAAGAGCAUGAGGAGAAGACUAGAGAAUCUGCUGGGCGGUGGUAGAAAUUUCGGACGAUCAGGUAGUGGUUGGUGCCGUCAGGGUGGAUUGUGAAGGACUUGUAUAGUGGAGUUUUCUGGUAUUGGGUUCCUGGCAGGUAUCUUUGAUGGGGGCGAGUAGUCGAGCCGCCUCUGUAGGGCAGGAGCUUGUUUUGUAUGCCGUGAGUGCGGCUCUCAGUUGUUUGGUCCUUUUCGUCGGACUUCGUCAUCUUGAUCCCAAUCGCUCUCAGGCGAAAAAGGCAUCAGAGCGCAAGAAGGAAAUUUCCAGACGGCUGGGUCGUCCGUAUAUACAAACCAACACCUACGAGGACAUGAUAGCUUGUGACGUAAUAAAUCCAGAGGACAUCGACGUUACAUUCAACUCAAUUGGAGGUUUAGAGCUUGUAAAACAGUCAUUGCACGAGUUGGUGAUUCUUCCAUUACAGCGUCCAGACUUGUUUCAACAUGGAAAGCUUCUAAGACCGCAAAAAGGGGUUUUGCUGUUCGGACCUCCCGGUACCGGAAAAACAUUACUUGCUAAAGCCAUUGCCAAGGAAUCUCAAGCUGUGUUUAUCAAUGUUCGUGUCGCAACUUUGAUGAGCAAGUGGUUUGGAGAUGCUCAAAAACUUGUGACCGCUGUUUUCACUCUGGCAUAUAAACUUCAACCAUCAAUCAUCUUCAUAGAUGAGGUGGACAGCUUUCUUGGCCAACGUCGUGUUACAGAGCAUGAAGCUUUAACGAACAUGAAGACAGAGUUUAUGGCCCUCUGGGAUGGUUUCACCACAGAUCAGAACGCACGGGUUAUGGUUUUAGCAGCUACGAACAGACCUUGGGAGCUCGAUGAAGCUAUUUUGCGUCGUUUACCGCGAGCGUUUGAGGUACCAAUGCCAGAUGCGAGGCAACGAGCCAGUAUAUUGCGCGUUAUCCUCAAGGGUGAGCAUGUUGAAGACGAUCUUGACAUUGAAAAGUUGGCAAACCAGUCUGAGGGUUACAGUGGCUCUGACUUGACCGAACUCUGCAAGCAAGCAGCCUACUUGCCAAUACGGGAUCUACUGGCUGAUGAGAGUCAACAAGGCUACUCAAGUGGCGAGGAUUUUACGGCUCAGAGGCCACUACCUAGACCACUGAAGCAGUCAGAUUUUGAAUCUGUGCUCUCCGUUUCUAGAACAUCAAAAACCGCAGCCUACGACUACCAGUUUUCACAAAGGCAUGCCAACGGUGGAAUCGGAAGGUCCUCGGGGGAGGACCAUGUCGAGUUUCCUGUCACGGAUCUGUUCAAGUUAUUUGCUACGCUGAGUACUGCCAACAACCGCCGAAAUCCACCCGAUCCAUGAUUGGUGAGAUCUGUAGGUAACACCGGAGUAGGACGUGAUCGGUCACAUUUGCUUAACUUGGGCGUCUGUGGUCUCUGCACUGUGAUGGAGGUGCUAUUGUUUCUCUAGUGGUAUGUAUCCGUGCAUACUGGAAGCCCCUUUUGGCAUUUCAUCCUGUGAAGCUUGAUAUCAUUAUUGACUAGGUGCAUUUCGUAGUGGGUUGCUGUCGGCAAAAAGUACUGCACCCCAUUUUUAUUGGAAGUGUCAGUUGUCCUAUUAUCAACUUAUCCCAUGUCUAGGAAAAAUACAUUUUGAGAGGCAGAUCUCAACUUAUCUUCAGCUCCAUUCUUUGUCCAAUUUUACCUGCACUUCAGGUCAGAGUCUUGCGUAAAAGAUCUCUACAAAGCAUUUGAGCAACUUUCAUAGUAGUUAAUCGCAGCAGCGAAGGUUUUCACUUUCGAAUUGGAAGAUUAGUAAGUUUUCAAGAGCCAGGUGAGAGGCAGGCUAAUUGCCACCUGUACAUUAUCCUUUUGUAACCUGAUCAGGUUCUUCCUCAGUAUGCGUAUAUGGAGGAGAUUUUGUGCCUCUGCAGUCUGUAGGAAGCUCUGAGACCUCUGUUGGAGUGGAUGGCCUCAUUCUGUUGAAUUCAAUCUAGAUCUCGACUAUGGAGGGAUCUUAGGGAGGAUCGACGAUGGAGACUCUUUGUAUAGAGUCACGGGCGUGGAAUGUGUAGUGUUAUGGCAUCUGAAUUACUUGCCCUAUACUAUAUACUGAGGUCAACAAAU